AUGUCAAAACCCCCCAAAACUUCCCCCCAUGUCGGCUCCACUUGUUUGGGUCGGUCACCUUUUGGGGGCCCCCUCGACGGCCGGCUCGGCUCCUUGGGCGCCUCCCCGACGGCCGCUCGGGCACCCUGGGCCCCCCCCUCGACGGCCGGCCGGUCACGUUUGGGGGCCUCCCGACGGCGGGCCGGUCACCCGGGCGCCCCCCUCGACACCGGCUCGGGCACCCUGGGGGGCCUCCUCGACGGCCGGCUCGGUCACCCUGGGGGCCUCCCGUGGCUGGCUCGGUCCCCCUUGGGCGCCCCCUCGACGCCGGUCGGGCACCCCGGGCGCCUCCUGAGGCCGGGUCGGGCACCCUGGGCCCUCCUCGGGCUGGUCGGGCUCCUUGGGCGCCUCCUCGACGGCCGGGUCGGUCACGUUGGGGGCCUCCUCGAGGGCCGGGCCGGUACCUGGGGCCUCCUCGACGGGCCCGGCCCGGGCACCUUGGCCCUCCUCGACGGCUGGCUCGGUCUCCUUGGGGGGCCUCCUCAAAGGGCCCGGGUCGGUCUCCUUGGGGGCCUCCCCGACGGCCCCCUCGGGCCGUUGGGGGCCUCCUCGACGGCCGGGUCGGGCCCCCGGGGGGCCUUCCCCGACGGGCCCGGGUCGGUCUCCUGGGCCCUCCUCGACGGGGCCGCUCGGUCACUUGGGCCCUCCCGACGGCCGCUCGGUCUCCUUUUGGGGGCCCCUUUGCGACCGGCUCGGUCACCCCGGGGCCUCCUCGACGACGGGCCCGGGCACCCGGGGGCCUCCUCACGGGCCCUCGGGCACCCCGGGCGCCCCCCUCGACGGGUGGCUGGUCUCCUUGGGCGCCUCCUCGACGCCGGCUCGGUACCCUGGCCCUCCUCGACGGCCCCUCGGGCACGUUGGGCGCCUCCUCGACGGCCGGCUCGGUCACCCGGGGGCCUCCUCAACGGCCGGCUCGGUCUCCUUGGGCCCUCCUCGACGGCCCCCUCGGUCUCCUUGGGGGCCCCUCGCGGCCGGGUCGGUCUCCUUGGCGCCUCCUCGACGGGGCCCGGGUCGGGCCCCUGGGGGCUUCCCCGCGGCCGGCUCGGUCACCCUGGGCGCCUCCUCGACGGGCCGGGUCGGGUUUCCUUUGGGCCCCUCCUCGACGGCCGGGUCGGUCACGUUGGCCCUCCUCGACGGCCGGGGUCGGGCACCCUGGGCGCCUCCCCGACGGCGGGUCGGUCACCUUUGGUCCUCCACGACCACGGUCACCUCGGCGAGCACCCUGGUGUAUAA